AUAAGGAAUAGGAUUUGGUCUUAUUUCCUUUAUGUUUAGGGUUUAUUGUUUUCCUAGAAGCUCAUGGAUUAGUGUUCUAUAUAAUACGCCCCUUACAUUGUAUUUUCCAUUUAAAGUUCAAUCAACCCGAAAAACAAAAUCUUUGUUUUGUUUACGGAUCAAAAAAAAAAAACAAUACAUCGCAGCCAUGUCGUCCAAGCAAGGUGGAAAAGCGAAGCCACUGAAGCAACCCAAGGCGGCGAAGAAGGAGUACGACGAGGAAGAUUUGGCCAAGCUUCAGAAGAAGAAAGAUGAGGAAAAGGCACUGAAGGAGCUCAAAGCCAAGGCCCAACAGAAGGGGACUUUUGGAGGAGCUGGCCUCAAGAAAAGUGGGAAGAAAUAAUGAGGGUUUUCAAAACAAAUAGUUCGGAUUGGGCUCUUACCAUGAAAUAAUGUCUUUCAAUUUUAGCAAUCGCUUCUAGCUUAGAGUGUAUGGUGUGUAUCAAGACUAAACAAAUUGAGUUUCUUAACCUUCUUUUCUCAAUUGAUCAGUUUCUUAAUCUUUCUGUGCUAAGCUCGGUUUCGUCUGCACUUUUUUUUUUUAAUGUAUUAUUUUCUUAUAAAUAGUCAAUCCUUGUACUGUUCAAGUAUAAGGAGUAACCGACUAUAGUCGGUCAAAACCAGUCAUGUAGUUUUGGCAAGUAGA